AUGAUUGACUCUGGAGACAUCCUUCUCAGAAGAAAGGGAGAACAGAGACCAAAUAUCAGUAAGAAUCCUUUACCUGAUCAUGGGAGCACAGUAGGGGCUAUCAUUGCUAAUAAAGAUUUUGUCGACCCCACGCAGUUCAUUAUAGAUGAAACUGAGCUGUUUGACAUAAUGGAAGCUGAUCAUGUGAGAAUGAGAAAACUGCUGUCUACUGAAGAAUCCAUGACUAAAAAUAUAGAUGAUAUUUUUGAGAAAAAGUCAAAAUCUCUUGUGCUUGAAAAAGAGGUAAUCAUGUCGGAGAAGGAGGAUCUUGUUGAAGAGGUUGAAAUAGAUGUAUCACAAUUGUUCGUUGGGUUACUUGCAAGGAAGGGUCAUCAGAGGCCUCAGAUGAAUGGAGUUGUGGAAGCCGCAAAUAAGAAUUUGAAAAAGAUCAUUAGAAAGAUAGUAGAAGCACACCGGGAUUGGCAUGAAAGACUGCCUUAUACAUUGAUGGCAUAUAGAAUGGCGAUUAGGACUUCCACCGAAGCAACUCCUUACUCUCUUAUGUAUGGAAUGGAAGCAGUAUUGCUUACAGAAGUUGAAAUUCCUUCCUUACGCAUUCUAAUGGAAGCUCAAAUAGAAGAAGAUGAAUGGGUCAGGGAACGCUAUGAGCAGUUGUCUCUAAUUGAUGAAAAGAGGUUGAAUGACGUCUGUCACGGACAAUGUUAUCAGCGAAGAAUGGCUCGUACUUAUAACAAAAAAGCUAAGCCUUGUUUGUUUGAAGUCCGAGAUAAGGUUUUAAAAGGAAUUCUUCCAAUGCUAGAGGAGGUUAAAGGAAAGUUUGCUCCCAAUUGGCAAUGA